AUAUAUCUGUAAAAACUAUAAAAUGAAGCGGCUAAUUUGAAAAUUAGACUUAAAAUAAAACCCAGCUUCUUCCACAAUCUUUGCCCCUCUCUCUCUCUCUCUCUGCUUUCCAAUGGCUCGUAACAAGGAAGCUCUGGUUUUGUUGAUCGAUGUGGGUCCGACUAUGCACAAAUAUAUUCCGGAGGCUGAAAAGGUCUGCUCUAUGCUAGCGGUGAAAAAGCUCAUUUAUAAAAAAUAUGAUUCAGUUGGAGUUGUCUUGUUUGGCACGGAAGACACCAAAAACGAAUUGACAAAGGAAGUGGGUGGAUAUGAACAUGUGGUGGUUUUACGGGAUAUCAGAGUUGUUGAUGGAGAUCUUGUUGAAUCUUUACAACAACUUCCUCGAGGGACAUUUUCUGGAGAUUUUCUUGAUGCUAUAAUUGUCGGGAUGGAUAUGCUGAUAAAGAAAUAUGAUAAAACAGAAAAGGGGAAAAAGCGUCUUUGUCUUAUUACUGAUGCGCUUUGUCCUAUUAAAGAACCGUAUGAAGGAACCAAAGAAGACCAAAUCAUCACCAUUGCUGAACAAAUGACUGCAUAUGGCAUCAGAAUGGAAAGUAUAGUUGUAAGGGGAAGACAUAGGGGGGAAGGAAAUAAGAAAAUUGUGGAUGAGAAUGAUCAUCUAUUAGAUAUAUUUUCGAAGAAAACACGUGCAAAGUUUGUAUACGUUGAAAAUCCGAUUUCAUUGCUUGGUGCACUUAGGACCCGGAAUAUAGUUCCAGUUACCAUAUUCAGAGGUGAUUUAGAAAUCAGCUCCAAACUGAAGAUUAAGGUAUGGGUAUACAAGAAAACAUCAGAAGAGAAGUUCCCUUCUUUGAAGAAAUAUUCUGACAAAGCUCCAUCAACUGAUAAAUUUGCCACGCAUGAAGUCAAAGUGGAUUAUGAGUACAAAAGUAUUGAAGAUCCUCGUAAAGUUGUACCUCCAGAACAAAGGAUUAAAGGUUACCGUUAUGGACCUCAAGUAGUACCUAUAUCAUCUGCAGAAUGGGAUGCUGUCAAGUUUAAACCAGAAAAGGGUGUGAAGCUUCUAGGAUUUACCAAUGCUGAUAACAUACUGCGACACUAUUACAUGCGAGAUGUCAAUAUUUUCAUUGCUGAACCUGGAAAUCCAAAGGCUAGUCUUGCUGUUUCUGCCUUAGCAAGAGUAAUGAAAGAAAUGAAUAAAGUAGCAAUUCUGCGUUGUGUUUGGAGACAAGCACAAGGGAAUGUCACUGUUGGGGUCUUGACACCUAAUGUAUCUGAUAGAGAUAAUAUUUGUGAUUCAUUUUACUUCAACGUACUUCCUUAUGCUGAAGAUGUCCGUGAAUUUCAAUUCCCCUCUUUUAGCAAUCUGCCAGCAUCGGUGCAACCAAAUCAACUUCAACAGGAGGCUGCAGAUAACUUUGUAAGCAUGUUUGACCUUGCACCAUCUGGACAAGAGGAAGCUCUGCUGCCCAACUCUACACCAAAUCCUGUUUUGGAGCGUUUUUACCGUCUUGUUGAGUUGAAAUCAAAGCACCCAGAUGCAGCUGUACCUCCACUCGAUGAAACUCUCAAGAAGAUUACUGAACCUGAUCCGGAACUAGUUUCUAAAAGAAAGUCAGUUAUUGAUGCAUUUUGUAACUGUUUUGAAGUCAAGGAGAACAAAAAGCUGAAGAAAUCAAAUAGGCAACUUUUGCGAGAGAAACCAUCUGGGUCAGAUCAGGGAGAGGAUUAUGCCCACAUUCCUGAUAAAUCAGAUACCAAUGCCAUUGAACAUGCAUCUGCAGUUAAGAUUGAGAAAAUUGGGGACUUGACACCUAUUCAAGAUUUUGAAGCCAUGAUUUCACGCGGAGAUAGUCCAGAAUGGGUUGACAAAGCUAUUAAGGAAAUGAAGACCAAAAUACUUGAGUUAUUGAAGGACACUUCUAGUGAGAAGAUAUAUCCUAAGGCACUUGAAUAUUUAGUUGCCCUUCGCAAGGCUUGUAUCCUUGAGCAAGAACCAAAAGAAUUCAAUGAUUUUCUUCAUCAUCUUUGCGAAUUCUCCCAGGAGAGAAACUUAACCAGAUUUUGUGAAUUUCUUGCGUCGAAAGAACUAACCUUGAUCUCGAAGACAGAAGCUGUGGACAGUGAAGUUAGCGAUGAUGAAGCUAGAACUUUUCUGAUUAAACCAGAGCCGAAAAUGGAGUGUACUUGAUAACUUAGUAUCCGUUGUUGGUUUUCUUGUGUUUCAUUAAUGGCCAGUGUAGUCUGCAGAAGAUAUUAUAGUAGGCAAUUCAAAUUUUGUAUAGAAUGGACUGUAUGUAAAUACCAUCCCAAGCUGCCGCUCCCGAUUCUGCUUAUGUAAUGGAAGGCCUAUGAGGAAUUUAGUUGGCUCUUUUUGAAUUUCCUUCCAUUUUAGAUCUUUAAACUACACUUGGAAAACCAAAAUGUAAUCUGGAAUCAAAAUGUAUACUUUGCAGCGUCUUUAUAUAUUUUGAUUAACUUCAAGAUUCCACAAAUUAUUUUGGUCGUA